UCGGGCGGCGCGGGGGAGGCCGAGCCGCUCUCAGUGCCGCACCGUCCGCGGGCCCCUCAGCGCGGCGGAGCCGGCCCCGCCAUGGUGAAGAAGCGGAAAGGCCGGGUCCUCAUCGACUCCGACACCGAGGACAGCGGCAGCGAGGAGAACCUGGACCAGGAGCUCCUGUCAUUGGCCAAACGGAAACGCAGCGACUCAGAGGAGAAAGAGCCACCUCUUAGCAAACCAACAGCUUCUUCAGACUCCGAGACCUCAGACAGUGAUGAUGAGUGGACUGUUGGAGGUUCCAAAAACAAAAAGAAGGGAAAAACUGGCAAAGUAGAGAAGAAGGGAGCUAUGAAGAAACAGAUGAACAAAGCUGCCUCCUCAGGCAGCUCAGACAAAGAGAGCUCAGCUGAGAGUUCAGCACCUGAAGAGGGUGAAGUGUCUGAUUCUGAGAGCAACAGUUCCUCCUCCAGCUCAGAUUCAGAUUCAUCAUCUGAAGAUGAGGAGUUCCAUGAUGGUUAUGGGGAGGACCUGAUGGGAGAUGAGGAAGACAGAGCUCGGCUGGAACAGAUGACAGAGAAGGAGAGGGAACAGGAGCUAUUUAACCGGAUAGAGAAGAGGGAAGUGCUGAAGAGAAGAUUUGAAAUUAAGAAGAAACUAAAAACGGCGAAAAAGAAAGAAAAAAAGGAGAAAAAGAAAAAGCAGGAGGAAGAGCAGGAGAAGAAAAAGCUCUCACAGAUCCAGGAAUGCCAGGUGAUGUCACACAACAAAGAACGACGGUCAAAGCGGGAUGAGAAACUGGAUAAGAAAUCUCAGGCCAUGGAGGAACUGAAAGCAGAGAGAGAGAAAAGGAAGAACAGAACAGGUGAUUGCUUGCAAAAAAAACAGCCAUUAAAAACUAGCGAAGUAUACUCAGAUGAUGAAGAGGAAGAAGAGGAUGAUAAGUCUAGUGAGAAGAGUGAUCGCACAUCCAGAUCAUCCUCAUCUGAUGAGGAGGAAGAAAAAGAAGAAAUUCCUCCCAAAUCCCAGCCAGUCUCCUUACCUGAAGAACUGAAUCGAGUACGGUUAUCUCGGCAUAAGCUGGAGCGUUGGUGUCAUAUGCCCUUCUUUGCCAAGACAGUCACCGGCUGCUUUGUGCGUAUCGGCAUUGGGAACCACAACAGUAAACCUGUCUAUCGAGUUGCUGAAAUAACUGGUGUUGUAGAAACUGCAAAAGUUUACCAGCUUGGGGGUACCAGGACAAAUAAAGGACUACAGUUACGGCAUGGCAGUGACCAACGUGUGUUUCGUCUGGAGUUUGUCUCAAAUCAGGAAUUUACUGAAAGUGAGUUCAUGAAGUGGAAGGAAGCGAUGUUCUCUGCUGGGAUGCAGUUGCCUACACUAGAUGAGAUAAACAAGAAGGAAGUGUCCAUCAAAGAAGCCCUCAACUACAAAUUUAAUGACCAAGACAUUGAGGAGAUUGUGAAAGAGAAAGAGAGGUUCCGAAAAGCCCCUCCCAACUAUGCCAUGAAGAAAACUCAGCUACUAAAGGAGAAGGCUAUGGCAGAGGACUUGGGGGACCAGGACAAGGCAAAACAGAUUCAAGAUCAGCUUAAUGAACUAGAAGAAAGAGCAGAGGCCCUGGACCGCCAGCGGACAAAGAACAUUUCUGCAAUCAGUUACAUCAACCAGAGGAAUCGAGAAUGGAACAUUGUGGAGUCCGAGAAGGCUCUAGUGGCUGAAAGUCACAAUAUGAAAAACCAGCAAAUGGACCCUUUUACUAGGCGGCAGUGCAAGCCCACAAUAGUGUCCAAUUCCAGGGAUCCUGCUGUCCAAGCUGCCAUCCUCGCCCAACUAAAUGCAAAAUAUGGAUCUGGUGCUUUACCGGAUGCGCCAAAGGACAUGGGCAAGGGUCAGGGGAAGGACAAAGACGUGAAUUCGAAAUCAGCUAGUGACCUCUCAGAGGACCUGUUCAAAGUGCAUGACUUUGAUGUGAAGAUUGAUCUCCAGGUUCCCAGCUCAGAGUCUAAGACGCUUGCCAUCACCUCCAAAGCUCCACCAGCAAAAGAUGGUGCCCCUCGGCGAUCACUGAACCUGGAAGACUACAAGAAAAGGCGGGGGCUUAUUUGAGCAUACCCACUCUGCUGCUUCCAAUCCUGCAUGCUCCACGAUGAUGUCCCAACUUCUCUUCUUCCUCCCUUUUUCAGUUUCCCUUCUGGGUUGGAGCAGCAAUGGAGCUGGGAAGAGACUCUUUAAAACUGCCAGUCAUCUGUAACAUAAACCAUUUGACUAUUUACUGUAUAGACCUCCCUUCUUGCCCUUUCACAAAUGUGGAUCUGUGCUAUUUGGGGUUCUCCCACUUCUUUUAGUUUGAUUUUAUUAUUUUUUUUUUAUUGUUGAUGCAGCUCGUUGGUCUACUCUAAGUGUUCAGUAUUAGCCUCAAGUUGGGAUUUCUGUAGGAAUCUCUGGUGGUGGCAGCAUCGGCACUCGGUGAUCUCUCUUUACAUACCACCACCAGGCAUGGCGAGUAAACAUUGGCACAAGACCUUUGUGGCUUGAAGGUCAUCUGCACUUUCUUCCUUCUCUUCUUCCUCCUCCUAGCUCUGGAGAAGGGAAACUUCAAAAACUGGCUUAGGUUCAAAGUGUAAAUUUUUGGGGGGAGGGUGUUACGUGACUUUUUUUCAGGUGUUUUUUAUCAUUUUUUAUGCUACAGUACUAUUUGUAUCAGUCUGUCACAUUUCUUUACGGCUGUUUUGAAUUUCUACCAGCUGUAUUUGAGCAUCUGAAAUUGAAAGAAAGAAACUCAUUAAAUGUGAUUCUUAAUAAACAGGCCUGGCUGAUAUACCUUCACGUUCCCCUUUUUACUCACACAUACUUGUUGAGAGUCCCACAAACAACUCUUGUAUGAGACUCGUCCUCUGUAGAUUUGUAGUGUAUCUUGAGUCUCUUGCUGUAACUGAAUGAAGUAGAUCCUUCUGGGAUGCCCCUGGGCACUCAUUAGGCAGGCUCCUAUAUUUCUUCUACAAAUCCAACUAAUCAUUCAAUGUCCUUUCUUUCUCAUGUCACCUUGUCUUUACUGGGCUCCAACCUGUUUGUGGUUUUUGGUUUUUUUGCUUUGUGAGCAAUUCUAAACUUGGCUUUAAAAAAAAAAAAUCAGUUCAUAUUGUGUGGAAGGGGAAGGACAAGGUAGAAACUGUACUGAAAAUGUAUGAGGGCAGUUGCUGAUGCAUAUUUUCUAUAUAUAACUGGUACAGGUGCAGUAAAACACUAGCACAAGGAUUGUGUGGCUUUAUGGAAUGUUUGACUAGAAACAAGAUGACUGCUUGAUAAUCACUCAGGUGUAAAAAUCCAGUGUAAAUAUAAGUGGCAUUUAACAAAGAGCUUUUCAAAACAAAUGCAACUGAAUAUACUGAAUUAAGAACUAAAUUAAAAAAAGCAUUAGAGGUCUGACAGUUCAGAGGCCCUGAUUGAGUUAAGCACCAAAGCAUGAGGUUAAGUGCUGAACAAAUAAGGAUGCUCUGCUAAAUUGAGGCUUGAAGGAGUGGAAGAUCCUGACACCACCUCAUGGAGUGUUGUAGCAUGAUUUUUCUAAGAGCCUAUAUAGUGGUGAUAUCUAAACCUGAGUCUGACUCUUGGUGAUUUGCUUGUUGGAUCCUUAAUGAAACUUUAAUCUAGCUCUUACUUUAAUUUCCUUGUGUUAAUUUUUUAACAGUAGUUUUAAAGAAAUGUCAUGUAAUUGUGUGAAAAUUGAUAUAAUGAACUGUGUAUAAAAAAAAUUCCACCUUUGAAGCAGCUCAUAUUUGCUGUGUAAACAAAUUGUGGACUUUUUAAUAGCUUAUUUACUAGGUAGUCCAUAGCUUUGGAACUCCUUUAUGGACUAUUGUGUAAAUAUGUAAUCAUAGACUUUUUCCUUGAUUGUCUGUCUGUAGCAACGUCCCUGGAGCUAUCGUGGGCUCUCAUUUACAUAUGUCCUUUUGACUUUUUUUUUUUAAAGUGGAUUUAUGGAAUCUGCCAUUAUCACUUCAUAGGAGACAUCAUGAUCCACUGGAUAGAUGUGCAUUUGAUAUCAUUUUGGUUUUGCGGCAACUACAAUGAUGUUACAGAUAUGUAAUAAAAAAAAAACUUUAUUUGCAGUAGACAGUUUCCCAGCUAUCAAAAUUUCUGACGAUUUACUAAAGAAUAACUGCAAAAUUGUGCAAGGCAAAACUUGAAUUGCCUACAACAAUUACUAAAAACUAUUUUGGGUUAUAAUGUCUACAGAGAAACUUUUUACUCCUAAAUUCUUUUUACAUGCUUUUCAUCCCAGAGUAAACGUCUGCAACUGAGUUACAAACUAAGAAACAGGUUUUAUAAUAAACACCGUGAUGAGACCUUGAUAGUGUUGUAAAUAGUACAUCUGCUCUGUUUUCCCACAUUAAUUAAUGGAGUUUAUCAAAUUAAAAAGACAGGUGCACACACUGAAUUUAGUGUGCAGAACUUGUGAAGUGGUUAUGUCCUGAGCAUCCCCAGUUAUCAGCUACUACUUGCCACCUUCUGGAAGCCUCAAUGGUUUCUGCAGAAAUACUGUCGAACAGAGGCAAUAGCCAAGGAGUUACUGUAUGCAAACCACUCUCUGUGUUGAGAAUAAUGCAUCAAGGGACUCCAUUUCUUGACUAGUUACAGAACUAAUUGUGUAUGAAGAUGUAAUCAUAUUUUUGCUUUUUUAAGUGCAUGUAAAGGUGAGUGACACCUCCCGCUCAUUGGGAAGGGAUGGGUUUAUUUGUUUUUGUUUCAUUGGUGUCCUAGCUGAGUUCAUUACAAAUGUACAGACUUCUAUAAAUAAACUUGGUUGGUUGGUUUAAUAA